UCCGCCCACCCCGGCUGCACACAACUACGCGGAGAAGGCGCAAAUCUCUGCCCGAAGAGAAGAUACCGACUCUCAAGUGAUGUCAGAGUCUUUGAGUCGAUCUUCCUCCGUCUCUGCCAUCUCUCUGCUUGAGGUCAAAGUUGAGAGUCGUCUGGUCCUCCAAGCUUUCCUCCAUCGAACACUUUCUAUCCCGUUUGUAGAGAGGCCUGGCAGGAUCGGAGGAGCCUACAAGGAUCACAACAAGUACAGUGCUGCUGUCAAACCAGAACCCAAAUUAAAAGAUGGGUUGGAUUCGGAGGCUGAAGGUCAGAGUUCCGCAGAUGAGAAGAAGACUGGAUUUAAAGGCUUAAUAAAGCAGCUUCCCCGACGUAAUACUGCACGCUCUUCUGCCAAGGAUGGGAAAGGUUCUUUGGAAAAGGACGGCAAGCUUAAACCACCACAUGUCAAAGAGCUGUCCGAAGAAGACGCCUUAUCUCCUUCCUCUACAUCGGAAGAUGACGACACUGAGAAGAAACAGAACAAGAGGCUGAACAAAAAGAAGCUCAAGAAAAAGAUUUCCAAGUUUUUCAAGUUAAAGUUAGAGAAGGACAAAGACAAAGAGAAGGAGAAAGAGAAGGAGAAAGAGGCGCAAGGAUCCAAGCCUCAGAGGCCUUCCUUACUAGAACUUGGCAAAACAGCUGAGCCACUACCAGAACUCGUUUCUCCCCAUCACCCUCCAGAGUUCUACAAUGAAGUUGCACAGAAGCUGGAAAAGAUCGCCCAAAGGUCUACCAGCACAAAGAGGACAAGUCCCACUCCCCCUUCCUCGGAUGUGUGUGACAAAGAGCUGGUGGUGCAGCAGCUGGUUCAAGUGCUGUCUGUCGAAGCAGAUUCCAUAAACAAUAAGAUCCAAUUGGACCCCUUUCUGCGCACCAGUUUGUCUCGUCUGUCGUAUGCAUCCUUUGCUAGGCUUCUGGACACAGUUAGCAGCACUCAGGUAUUACAAGCCCCAGCCCUCCUUCCAACAGCCAGCCCAACUUUGCGGCGCAUGGCUGUCACCAUGGAGGUGUCAAGGCGUAUCGUGACAGCUACCGGUACUCAGCGCAUGCAAGCGCACGCAGAGUGCUACAUGGAAACCUUUGCCCCCUGGGUGAAGCGCCACGGAGGAUGGGAAACUGUGGCAGAAAUGAAGGAUCCCGUGGAGUAUGACUGAAUUCUCCCAGAGGGGUUAGAAAUUUUUUUUUUUUUUUUUACAUUUUUUACACCUGACGAUUGACGGUUUCUGAGUGACGAAUGAUGGCUGGAUAUGCGGAUGGGCAGUCUUCAUCAUUACGACGCAAGACAGCUCCAGGAGGCUUAGGUGGCAUCAGAUCCAUCGGCUGCUUUUACUGUGAAUUCAUACUGUAUCUCAAUUCUUAACAGUCCAUGCUGGACUGAAUGCUAUCCAGUGUGAACGAGACAAAGUGAAGAUGGUCAAUGAAGCCUGGAUUUUCACAGUUGAACACAUCUUUGCUAAGUGCAAAAUGCUAAAAGUGGUGUAAUGCCAUCAACUGUGGGGCCGCCUCGAGAUGAAAGUUGAAUACAGUAUUUUGUCUCGCCAGUUUCUACGCAAAAUGUUUUUAAAGCAGGUGUUGAAUUGUCACAGUAUUAGUUACUGUACAGCACUGCAGUUUUAACACAAUGAAGUUAUUUUAGAAUUGUAUGUCAAUUAUUUUAUUUUAUUUUUUUGUGGUUUACAGUUAGUUUUUAAAAUGUCCCGAGAUAAUAACAUGUAACGCGAUAUUGAAUGUGUACAGUGUGCGUAGUGGCACUCAAAAUUAUUCAACCCGUGUUUAUUUUUAAAAUAUAGAAAGGUUUGUUUUAUAUGCCUAUUACAAGUUUAGAAGCUUUGCAGGGAAAUAAGACUUACAACAUGGGGUCAAAUCAUUUUGAAUGCCAAUCUGUGUCUUUCUUAUAGGAAAAGAAGCUUUCGGUAUUUGAUGGUGGUGCUUUGCCACUACAAAUGGAAUGUUUUUCUAUGGAUAUUUUGGUUUUAUUUCAUUUGUAUUUAUAAUUAAAAUGUU